CCAGAAUACCGUUCACCUGACCAGUUUUGGUUCCAAACAAUCAUGGCGUCGCACGGGGAAGAUGUUUCUGAGGACCAAACAGAGCGAAAACCCGCCGCGGUGUCUUUUGGAUUUACUAAAACAGUUAGCAAAUUCAAACCUUCUUCUGUGGAAGGAGUGAUAAACAAAGAGGAGAAAGAUUACUUGACGGGAAUUGACAGGAAAGAAUUGCAGAGUACCAAGCCAUCAGAGAAGCCCAGAGAGCUGAUCAUCCCUCUGAUCCAGAAGAACCGCUGGCACCGGCUGGACCGAGCGGCCCCCAGCGAGCCGAGCGCCGGGAGUGAAGGCAAAACACAGGAAGCUCCUCAGGAUAAUGACUCUGUGGAGUCCCAGGCUGUCAAAGAGCUCAUUGAAGACUCGAGGAGGCAGCUGGAGGAGUGGCAGAACGGCUCUCAGCCAGAGAACCUGAACCUCGCCAUCCCCCUGUUGAUGCAGAACAAAGUCCCUGACGGCUUCGAGGACGGAGACCACGUGAAGGUGGAUCUGCGGCCUGAAUCCUCGACAGAGGCGGACUAUGAGUGCGUUCCUGUGGCGGCGUAUGGAAUCGCUAUGCUGAAAGGGAUGGGCUGGAACAAAGAGGAAGGCAUCGGACGCACCUUCAAACAGCAUGUGAAGCCGAUCGAGAGCCAGCUCCGCCCCAAAGGUCUGGGUCUGGGCGCCGAUCGUGCAGCCGUAAAGGACCUGGAGCCCACCCGACACAAGCGCCCCCCCAAGCCCGGCGAUGAGCCUGAGAAGGCGGAGGAGCUGGUGAUGGGGCCCGGAGGCUACGUGCUGGUGCAGUCAGGGGCCCACAAAGAACUCUACGGCAAGAUUGAAGGCGUGGACGCCGACAACGCUCGGGUGGUGGUGAAGCUGUCUAUCGGCGGCAGGUCUGCCACAAUCAGCCAGUACGCUAUGAAGCUGGUGGGACGGCAAGAAUACGAGAAAAACUGCAAAGACAUCAGUCGCCUCAGCAGAGCCCACAAAGAGAAGGAGAAGGAGAAAGAGCGAGAGAAGGAGCAGCAGAGACGGGAGGAGAGAGAGAGCCGGAGUAAGAGCGACAAGAAUUCAGAGAGAGACGAGAGGAAGAGGAAACAAAGAGAAUCCAGCAAAGACAGAGACAGGCCUCCGGUGAAAGAGGCGAGGCGACCCCCGCCACCCCCUUCCUGGCUGCAGAGAGAUUUGAAAGUUCGCUUUAUAGACAAAUCCUUCAAAGGAGGCAAAUACUACAACUCAAAGAUGCGUAUAGAGGACGUCCUGUCACCCAACACCUGUGUGUGUCGAACUGAGGAGGGACGCCUGUUAGACGAUGUGAAGCAGAGCAUGCUGGAAACCAUCAUUCCCAAACACGAGUCUGAGUCUAUAAUGGUUGUACUGGGCGAGCACAGAGGACAGGUGGGCCGUAUCCUCCAGCGGGACAAGAACAAGUGUAGAGCGAUGGUGCAACUCGACCGACACGAGGAGAAGCUGUUCACGCUGGAUUAUGACAUCAUCUGUCACUACGUGGGAGAAACGGACCACUGACUCAAAUACCGCCCCCCCCCCCCCUUCAUCCUCACACCUCUAAUGAUGUUUCUUGUGAAAAAAAAUCGUCAAUUUUAAAGCAAUUUUGUAAUAAAACAGUGUCAAGAA